GCCGGAAAAACUUGCGGCUGCGGGGCUCGGCCCGCCGUCCCCGCUGGGUUUAACUGAACUGCGUGUGCAGGUCGGCUUGGGCUCCGAGCGACCGUGCGUCGCAGCGAAUGGCCAGGGACCUGAUUGGGCCGGCACUGCCGCCAGGCUUCAAGGAGCACGCGACCGCCGAGGACGAGGAGCGGGACCCGAGCCCGGUCGCAGGGCCAGCUUUGCCCCCUGACUACAGAAGCAGCAGUUCGGACUCCUCAGACAGUGACGAGGACAGCAGUUCUUUGUCUGAAGAAGAUGACACUGGUCCAACCGCAAGAAAGCAGAGGAGAAACCAAGAAAGAGAUGAUGAUGAUGAUGAUGAUGAUGGGUUUUUUGGGCCAGCCCUUCCUCCUGGGUUUAAGAAGCAGGAUGACUCUCCUCCAAGGCCUAUGAUAGGUCCUGCAUUGCCACCUGGUUUCAUUAAGUCUCCACAGAAAAGUGACAGAGGCAGAGAGGAUCCAGGACAAGUGUCAUCAUUCUUCAACUCAGAGGAAGCAGAGAGCAGUGAAGAUGAGGGUAUUGUUGGACCAAUGCCUGCAAAAGGACCUAGUAACUAUAGCGUAACGGCAGAGUUUGAAAAAAGGGCCCAGAGAAUGAAGGAAAAAUUGACCAAAGGAGAUGAUGAUUCAUCUAAACUCAUCACAAGAGAGUCAUGGAUGACUGAGCUUCCUCCGGAAAUGAAAGACUUUGGUCUUGGACCAAGAACCUUUAAGAGAAGAGCUGAUGACAAAUCCGGAGACCGGUCUGCCUGGACAGACACUCCAGCCGACCGGGAAAGGAAAGCUAAGGAAAUACAAGAAGCAAGGAAGUCAUUCAGUAAGAAAGAUGAAGAGAACAGACUGUCAGAAAGGGAUAAGAGACUGGCUGAGCAAGUGUCUUCAUACAAUGAAUCAAAAAGAUCAGAAUCCCUCAUGGACAUUCAUCAUAAAAAGUUAAAGAAUAAGGCUGCUGAAGAUAGAAACAAGCACCAAGAGAGAAUACCAUUUGACCGUGAUAAAGACCUCAAGGUUAAUCGGUUUGAUGAAGCUCAGAAAAAAGCCCUCAUAAAGAAAUCCAGGGAACUAAAUACCCGCUUUUCACACGGCAAAGGCAACAUGUUUUUAUAAGUAAGUGUGCUUCAGUGAGGUGCACUCAGACUGCUGAGUCUGAGCCCCUCAGAAGAUCCCUGUGUCUAUAGUAAUUAUGUGCACAAAUAUAUUUCCUUUUGUAAUAAAGUAGAUGCAGAGUCUGCAUUUUUAUAAAUGUGACUGUUGAAAAGUUGGGGGUGUGGUUUACGGAACAAAUAGCUUUAUCUUCACAAUAGCCAAAUAAGGGCAUUGCUUAUUAGAAAAGCUAAGGGUUCCGGUGAAGAGGAAUGGCGCAUGAGAGUAGGACAUACGGCUUGAGGGUCAUGUGCUCUUUAGAAAAAAAGGGCGGGGGUUUGUUUUGUUUGUUCACUUGCUUGUUUUUUUUUUUUUUGUUUUUUGUUUUUUUUUUUUGGGGGGGGGUCUCACUGUGUAACCUUGGCUGGCCUAGAACUUACUGUGUGUAGCAGCAGGGUCCACCUGCCUCUGUCUCCCAAGUGCUGGGAUUGAGUGCCAGCACGCCCAGGCCCAGCUCUUUGAACAAGAUUACAAUUAGGGAAGAUUCGUUGCUUCAGAAGGCCUCUCUGAGUUGAGCUACAGCUACUACGUCAGCUAGCCAUAGUCCCAUCCGAGAGUCUGUGAUGUUGGUUAAGGGAACGUGUGGGAGCCGAGGGUGCUUCUUAAAUUAAGUUCCUCAUGAUUUGUAGCACUGGGAAAUGGACACUGGUAUUCAGAUGGAUUUUAAAGUCAAUAUAAACUUUAAAGUGUUUUUUAGCUUACUGAAUUGUUACCUCAGAGGGGUUUCCCUACAUGAGGUCUGUCGGUCCGCCAUUAUUUGUUAGACAAUGAUCUUUGAAACAUACAAAUUUACCCUGGUCUGUGUCUCUUUUUAAAGGAAUAUGGGAACAGGCAAUCAAUGUUUCUUAUAUAGAAUAGAAUAUUCUGGGGGUUCUUGGUUUUUCUUCAUAUAACUAAGAGACCAUCCCCACAACACCCCAGUCCCUAAUUUUUUGUGGUGGCUAACAAGUUUCUUCUUAGUUUUGGGUGGGACUGUAAGCUGAGUCUCUACCACAGCCUGGACCUUUUUCCCCAAAUAUAUGUAAUCUGCUUCAGAGUCAUUGUGUGGGGCCCUUGCAAAUCUAUGAAUUUUAAAUUGCGCAGUUCGUCCUCCAGAAUGCACACCUGCUAGAAAAUACAAAACAUGGAGUUUUGUCCUUCCUCCUUCUGCAUGUUUUUAUGCUUGGAACUUUUUGUUCACUGUUGGCUAAGUUGUUUUUAUUGGUUUUAAGGUAAAGAAGGCUGUUUGGAUUAUCUCAUAUUAAGGAAAUAUUCUUGUGAAUUUUUAAACCUUAAUAGUAAGUAUUUGUAGGAGAGGCAGUCUGAACGUUGUUACAUCUGUUAUCAUCUGUGGGACGUCUAUGUAACUCUGCCUUCAUGGUCUCCAGCUGGCUGCAUCCUGGAAUUUGACAUGGGCUCGUCUGAUUCAUAUAUGCAUGUAGCACUUUGUAGCUGGUGUUCUGGAACAUUAAUUCUGUGCGGCUUUCUAAAAUAACCAAAUAAUCACUGGAGGUGGAAAAUCUGGACUCAACGAUCACACUCGAGGGAACAUUACAUGUUUAAUGCUGUAAACAAUUCCUCUUACGCUGUUAAAAGUUCCUAAAUGAGGAGAUAAAACCUGAAUUUAAA